AUGGCCGGGGCGUCUGUGAAGGUGGCGGUCCGAGUCCGCCCCUUCAAUUCCCGGGAAAUGAGCCGUGACUCCAAGUGCAUCAUCCAAAUGUCUGGAAGUACCACCACUAUUGUCAACCCGAAACAGCCCAAGGAGACACCCAAGAGCUUCAGCUUUGAUUACUCCUACUGGUCACAUACCUCGCCCGAGGACAUCAACUAUGCCUCUCAGAAGCAGGUGUACAGGGACAUCGGGGAAGAGAUGCUACAGCAUGCCUUUGAGGGCUACAAUGUGUGCAUCUUUGCCUAUGGGCAGACAGGAGCUGGCAAGUCCUAUACCAUGAUGGGCAAGCAAGAGAAGGACCAACAAGGCAUCAUCCCACAGCUCUGUGAAGACCUCUUCUCUCGGAUCAACGACACGACCAAUGACAACAUGUCCUACUCAGUGGAGGUCAGCUACAUGGAGAUUUACUGUGAGCGGGUCCGUGACCUCCUGAACCCCAAGAACAAAGGCAACCUUCGUGUGAGGGAGCAUCCUCUGCUGGGGCCCUAUGUGGAAGACCUCUCCAAACUGGCUGUGACCUCCUACAAUGACAUCCAGGACCUCAUGGAUUCAGGGAACAAGGCCAGGACUGUGGCGGCCACAAACAUGAAUGAGACUAGCAGCCGUUCUCAUGCCGUCUUCAACAUCAUCUUCACCCAGAAGCGUCAUGAUGCAGAGACCAACAUUACCACAGAGAAAGUGAGCAAAAUCAGCCUUGUGGACCUGGCUGGCAGUGAACGCGCUGACUCCACUGGAGCCAAGGGCACACGACUCAAGGAGGGAGCCAACAUCAACAAGUCUUUGACCACCCUGGGGAAGGUCAUCUCUGCCCUGGCUGAAAUGGACUCGGGACCCAACAAGAACAAGAAAAAAAAGAAGACGGAUUUCAUCCCUUACCGAGACUCCGUAUUGACCUGGCUUCUCCGGGAAAACCUGGGUGGCAACUCAAGGACAGCCAUGGUGGCAGCCCUCAGCCCAGCAGAUAUCAACUAUGAUGAGACCCUCAGCACACUGAGAUACGCAGACCGGGCCAAACAGAUCCGCUGCAAUGCCAUUAUCAACGAAGACCCUAACAACAAGCUGAUUCGAGAACUGAAGGAUGAAGUGACCAGGCUUCGAGACCUGCUGUACGCCCAAGGUCUUGGCGAUAUCACUGACACCAACACUGUGCCCGGAGGACCCAAAUAUGUGUUCGACCUUGAGAACAGUAACCGUAACUGUGGUGGGGCCGAGCUAAGCCAAGCCCCUAACAAUCUCUCCACAGUGACCAAUGCUCUGGUGGGCAUGAGCCCCUCAUCUUCGCUCUCAGCCCUGUCCAGCCGUGCGGCCUCUGUGUCCAGUCUCCACGAGCGCAUCCUGUUUGCCCCAGGCAGCGAGGAGGCUAUCGAAAGACUGAAGGAAACAGAGAAGAUCAUUGCUGAGCUCAACGAGACCUGGGAGGAGAAGCUGCGGCGGACGGAAGCCAUCCGGAUGGAGAGGGAAGCCUUGCUGGCUGAGAUGGGUGUGGCCAUGAGAGAAGAUGGUGGCACCUUGGGUGUGUUUUCUCCCAAAAAGACACCUCAUCUUGUCAACCUGAAUGAGGACCCAUUGAUGUCUGAGUGCCUCCUCUACUACAUCAAAGACGGGGUCACCAGAGUGGGCAGAGAAGAUGCAGAGAGGCGGCAAGACAUUGUCCUGAGUGGGCAUUUCAUCAAGGAGGAGCACUGCAUCUUCCGGAGCGACUCCCGGGGAGGCGGAGAAGCCGUGGUGACCCUGGAGCCCUGUGAAGGAGCUGACACGUACGUCAAUGGCAAGAAAGUCACUGAGCCCAGCAUCCUGCGGUCAGGAAACCGCAUUAUCAUGGGAAAGAGCCACGUGUUCCGCUUUAACCACCCUGAGCAGGCCCGCCAAGAGCGUGAGCGAACACCCUGUGCAGAGACGCCUGCUGAGCCAGUGGACUGGGCCUUCGCCCAGCGUGAGCUGCUGGAGAAGCAGGGCAUUGACAUGAAGCAGGAGAUGGAGCAGAGGCUUCAGGAGCUGGAAGACCAGUACCGGCGGGAACGCGAAGAGGCCACAUACCUGCUGGAGCAGCAGAGGCUGGAUUAUGAGAGUAAGCUGGAGGCCCUACAGAAGCAGAUGGACUCCAGGUACUACCCAGAGGUGAAUGAGGAGGAGGAAGAGCCAGAGGAUGAAGUCCAGUGGACCGAGCGGGAGUGUGAGCUGGCACUCUGGGCCUUCCGGAAAUGGAAGUGGUACCAGUUCACUUCUCUACGGGACCUGCUGUGGGGCAAUGCCAUCUUCCUGAAGGAGGCCAACGCCAUCAGUGUGGAGCUAAAGAAGAAGGUCCAGUUCCAGUUCGUCCUCCUCACAGAUACCCUCUACUCCCCACUGCCGCCAGACCUACUGCCUCCAGAAGCCGCCAAAGACCGAGAGACACGCCCCUUCCCUCGAACCAUUGUGGCAGUGGAGGUGCAGGAUCAGAAGAACGGGGCCACCCACUACUGGACGCUAGAGAAGCUCAGACAGCGCCUGGACCUGAUGCGGGAGAUGUAUGACAGGGCCGCAGAGGUGCCCUCCAGCGUCGUCGAGGACUGUGACAACGUGGUGACUGGCGGGGACCCCUUCUAUGACCGUUUCCCCUGGUUCCGGCUGGUGGGCAGUUCAGUCAUCUCUGGCUGCAACAGCUACCCUCUUCUCAACACAUGCAUGAGCGAGCGCAUGGCUGCUCUCACCCCCUCCCCCACCUUCUCAAGCCCCGACUCCGACACCACCGAGCCUGCCGAGGAGCAGAGCGUGGGGGAGGAGGAGGAGGAGGAGGAGGAGGAGGAGGAGGACCUGGAGGACGACGUCUUUCCGGAGCACACGCUGUGCGACGGCCGGGACCCGUUUUACGACCGGCCCCCCCUGUUCAGUUUAGUAGGAAGGGCCUUCGUAUACCUGAGCAACCUGCUGUACCCUGUGCCCCUGGUGCACCGCGUGGCCAUCGUCAGCGAGAAGGGAGAGGUGAAAGGCUUCCUCCGUGUGGCGGUGCAGGCUAUCUCAGCUGAUGAAGAGGCUCCGGAUUAUGGCUCCGGUGUCCGUCAGUCAGGGACUGCUAAAAUCUCCUUUGACGACCAGCAUUUUGAAAAGUUCCAGUCUGAGUCCUGCCCUGUGGUAGGGAUGUCCCGCUCAGGGACCUCCCAGGAGGAGCUGCGCAUUGUAGAAGGCCAGGGUCAGGGUGCCGACUCUGGGCCUUCAGCUGAUGAGGUCAACAACAACACCUGCUCAGCUGUGACUCCUGAAGGCCUCCUAGAUAGCCCUGAGAAGACUGCCCUGGAUGGGCCUCUGGACACAGCCCUGGACCACCUCCGUCUGGGCAGCACCUUCACCUUCCGUGUAACAGUCCUGCAGGCAUCCAGUAUCUCUGCCGAAUAUGCCGACAUCUUCUGCCAGUUCAACUUUAUUCACCGCCAUGAUGAGGCUUUCUCCACUGAGCCCCUGAAGAACACUGGCAGGGGACCCCCUCUUGGCUUCUACCAUGUCCAAAAUAUUGCGGUAGAGGUGACCAAGUCCUUCAUCGAGUACAUCAAGAGCCAGCCCAUUGUAUUUGAGGUCUUCGGCCACUACCAGCAGCACCCAUUCCCACCUCUUUGCAAGGAUGUGCUCAGCCCCCUGAGGCCCUCACGUCGCCACUUCCCCCGGGUCAUGCCGCUGUCCAAGCCAGUGCCUGCCACUAAGCUCAGUACGAUGACACGGCCUUCCCCAGGUCCCUGCCACUGCAAGUAUGACCUGCUGGUCUACUUCGAGAUCUGCGAGCUGGAAGCCAAUGGCGAUUACAUCCCCGCUGUGGUAGAUCACCGAGGCGGUAUGCCAUGCAUGGGGACCUUCCUUCUCCACCAGGGCAUUCAGAGACGGAUCACCGUGACACUGUUGCAUGAGACAGGAAGCCACAUCCGCUGGAAGGAAGUUCGAGAGCUGGUUGUGGGUCGCAUCAGAAACACUCCAGAAACCGACGAAUCUCUGAUUGACCCCAACAUCUUGUCCCUCAACAUCCUGUCAUCAGGAUAUGUUCACCCAGCUCAGGACGACCGGACCUUCUACCAGUUUGAAGCAGCCUGGGACAGUUCCAUGCAUAACUCUCUCCUGCUGAAUCGUGUCACCCCUUACCGGGAGAAAAUCUACAUGACCCUCUCUGCCUACAUUGAGAUGGAGAACUGCACCCAGCCAGCUGUCAUCACCAAGGACUUCUGUAUGGUUUUCUACUCUCGUGAUGCCAAGCUGCCGGCCUCACGCUCCAUUCGCAACCUGUUUGGUAGUGGGAGCCUGAGGGCCACAGAAGGCAACCGUGUGACUGGUGUGUACGAGCUCAGCCUUUGCCACGUGGCCGAUGCAGGUAGCCCAGGAAUGCAGCGCCGUCGCCGGCGGGUCCUGGACACAUCAGUAGCCUACGUCCGGGGUGAGGAGAACCUGGCUGGCUGGAGGCCUCGGAGUGACAGCCUGAUCCUGGACCACCAGUGGGAGCUGGAGAAACUGAGCCUGCUGCAGGAGGUGGAGAAGACCCGGCACUACCUGCUCCUACGGGAGAAGCUGGAGACCACCCAGCGGCCUGGCCCGGAGGCACUGUCUCUAGCCUCCAGUGAGGACUCUGAGUCCCGGAGCUCCUCAGGUGCCUCAUCCCCACUGUCAGCCGAGGGUCAGCCAUCCCCUCUGGAGGCCCCCAAUGAGAGGCAGAGGGAACUGGCUGUCAAGUGCUUACGCCUCCUCAUGCACACGUUCAACAGAGAGUACACCCACAGUCACGUCUGUAUCAGUGCCAGCGAGAGCAAGCUGUCUGAGAUGUCUGUCACCCUGAUGCGGGACCCAUCCAUGUCCCCUCUGGGCGCAGCUACGCUCACUCCCUCUUCCACCUGCCCCUCUCUGAUUGAAGGACGCUAUGGUGCCACUGAUGUGAGGACCCCCCAGCCCUGUUCCAGGCCCGCCAGCCCAGAGCCCGAGCUCCUGCCAGAAAUCGAUUCCAAGAAGACUCCCUCUCCAGCUCGGGCAACAGAGGUGGACAAGGAGCCCCAGCGCCUGCUGGUCCCUGACAUCCAAGAGAUCCGAGUCAGCCCAAUUGUCUCCAAGAAGGGGUACUUGCACUUCCUGGAACCACACACGGCUGGCUGGGCCAAACGCUUUGUUGUGGUGCGGCGACCCUAUGCCUACAUGUACAACAGUGACAAGGACUCCGUAGAGAGAUUUGUGCUCAACCUCUCCACUGCCCAGGUGGAGUACAGCGAGGACCAGCAGGCCAUGCUCAAGACACCCAACACAUUUGCCGUGUGCACUGAGCACCGUGGCAUCCUGCUGCAGGCCAACAGUGACAAGGACAUGCACGACUGGCUGUAUGCCUUCAACCCGCUCCUGGCUGGGACCAUUCGGUCCAAGCUCUCCAGAAGGAGAUCUGCGCAGAUGAGGGUCUGA